UCAUCUAGUAGAAAAAUCUCCCGUCUCUUCAAAAAUCCCAAAAUUUUGAAUCAUCCUCUAAACAUCAUCCCAUUUCCCUCUAAACAUCAUCCCACUUCACUCAUCCCAAUGAAAUGCGACACCAGAGUCAAUACAAUUGAGACAACUUCUGUAGCUUGAGAGAGUGCUUUUAGCUACUUUUGAAACAACAUUUUUUCGGAUUUAGAAACUGCUUCUACUAAGUUGUAGGGCAGUUAUUUCAAAAAGAACAAUCCUCGUUGAACCAGAUAGAAGUGAACUCGAUCCUGAAAAUAACAAGAACUAGAACAGCUUCAUCUUCUAUAAAAGUUUUGUAAAAGGAACAAUAGCAAUAGCUUCUUCUAUCUCACACUUCCUGGUGUCGUGAGCACAAGAAAAAUCAAAAAUCUGCAAGAUGGCCUACGUUCAGGGACAACCGGUCGACCACACUGGCUACCAGCCAGCUGCGUAUGCAGAGCAAGGAGGUGCCUACUACGCCCCCGGCGUGCAGCCGGCUCCUGUCCUUCAUCAGGCCGCUCCCCAGAAGGUGAUCGUCGUUCAGGGUUCGAAAGGCGACGACAAGAAGGACCGUCGCUUUCGCACUGCGAUGGCGGUCGCCGACUACUGGUUCGGUUUCUGUUCCACCUUAGUCACCACGCACCUCGUCUUGGCCAACACCGCCACGGUUCAUAUCGGCGUGAUAGCCAUUUUGGGGGGACCGUGGGCCAAAGGCUGGGCCUUGUACGCUUUGCAGUUCUCUUACGUGGCCAGCGCCGGAGCAGAUGGCAUUCAGGAUUUUUUCCGUGGUGCUAUGCAGAACGCGCGAGGUGCCAACGUCGGUGGUAUCAACUUCGGGAAUCUUCCCGGUGCUUUUUUCGCGGGCUCUCUAAUUCAGGUUAUCGCUUUGUUGGCACUCUUCGUCACCGCUGGUAUCUUCCGCUGCAGCACCAAACACGUACUUUUUACCGUUUUCUUGUACCCUAAUUAAAUGUCUCUGCUACCCUAAUUAAAUGGGUACACUACUACUGCUACUACUGAAUCUAGGUCAAAAGAUACCUCAAGACCAGGUAAAUGAAUGAACACUAAAACUUGUUGUUGAGACUGAUGUUCUGAGAUUGAACGAUAAUAGUAUAGAUACGUGUUGUCGAUAAGGACGAUAUUCUAAGAUUUAUCAUUGAACGAUAAAAAACUCUUCUCAACUAAUUAGAGAUGCUAGAUUCGAGUGAACAAUACAGCACCCACGCUAGGAGUAGAGGAGCAUAAGUGCCAAUCUUUAAUAACGUGACUAUGGGUCGCUGACCUUGAGGAAUUGAGGCGGUGGCGGUGCAUGAAUGAGUGAAGCAAUCCUUAAUGUUACGUAACAACUACCAGGUAUCAUUGUAUUAAAGCACCUAAUGAAUCUCAACAUUGCUACAUCAUUGUAUUAAAGCACCUAAUGAAUCUCAACAUUGCUACACGACACGAAUAUCAAUCAAUAACUAUUAUAUACCACAGAGCUCGCUGACGAAGGGAUGCGGCAGCAUGACUGUCGCUAUUGUGAUGUCUCUUUUGGCGUUGCUGAUUGGCGUUCUCGGUCUCGUCCGCGUGGUGUACACUGGGCAGUGGGUCAACCUCUUCUUAAGGCGCAAUAAUAUUCUAUCUUUUCAUUCGCAAGAGAAAUUUCUCGCAGAAGGAACAAGAAUUCUUGGACGAGAAAUCUUCAUCAUGAAUCAGAGAACUUUAGAGUAGCUUUAAUAUAGAGCAAGAAGUCCAACAAUUAAAAUCAUAGUCGCCAAGGCGUCAAAAGAUACCUCCAGAUGAACAGGUAAAUGAAUGAAUGAAUGAAUGAAAUAGGUUUUAAUGCGCUUGAACUGGAAGAUGCACAACUAAUUAAAUCUUCUGCAAUACCCCACGAAUGGGUACACUACUACUACUACUCUAAGGUUCAACGGCUUGGUGACCCAAAUCGCGCCAGGAAUGAUGAACGGCAACGCUUUGGCGCAAGGACUUCAGGCUACUCCGUGGAGGAGUGCUGCUAUGGGACCGGCGAUUCUGAUCGAACUGAUCACCAUUUUGGCUUCUGUGUGGUGCCCGAUUCACCUCCUCUUCACGUUUUGCGCGCUUCCGCUGGUCGCAGAUGACGAGGAGGAAGUCUACAUGGCCGUCUAAUCGCUCGAGCUAAGGAGAAGAAACACUCGGAAGUUGGAGAAAGUUGAAGAUCAUAACCCUCGAGUGCAUUCACGGGUAUCGAGCUAAGGAAGUUGAAGAUAAUCCUCGAGUGUAUUCACGGGUAUCUAAAACUGUACAAUUAAGACUCGGUCAGGUGUCACAGGGGAAGAGGUAUUAAGACUCGGUCAGGUGUCACAGGGGAAGAGGUACGAUGAAAGGGAUUUAGUACUGGAAGAAGAAUCAGGAACAACGAAGAAAAGGUGCUGCUGUGAUCAGGUGUCACAGGGGAAGAGGUACUGUGAAAGGGAACACGAACACCGACGAAGUAUAGGCGGGGCCGAGGCCUACAUCACAAUUUAUAGCAGUUCCUCCAUGUUGACAGAAGUUAUAGUACAGUACAACGAUAUCUUCAAGAAUAUCUUUGACUUCUGUGACUAUUAGAGCACUUUAUCGGAACUCGAAUCUGGACGCUUACUACUUAAGUUAGUGGUUUGUCUAGACUAGAAAAUCACAAUGUGGCGCUUCUAGAAAAAUAUUCUUGUUGUAAUGAAAAAAGCGGUUGUACUAAAAUACUAGAGCAGAACAAGGUCUUUUCCAAGUGGUUCGUCUGUUGUUCUGUGAAAAGGUGAUCUAGGAUCUUGAAGAAAGGUUGUAGAAGUAGUUAUAAUAUUAAUAAGACGAUGAAAUACAGUUGAGAUAUCAUAGUAUUGACACGGAGGUACAAAAUGAAAACUACUGGUACAAAAUAUAGGGAGGACGACUAAGAAGGAGGUGAGAAGAAGAGCGAGGCGAUUUCAUGAUAGAAGAACCAGUGGAGGCAGGCUCUUUUUUGACGUUUUGGGAUAAAAUACAACUCACAACUUCUUGUAUAAGAAGCCUAUAAGUUGCAUAAAAACUACAUGCUCUUGUCAUGGCUGGAUGAGAUAUAGAAGAGGAGAUGAGGAUAAUGCGCAAGAAGAGACUAAGUAACACAAUUACCUGGUGGUAGUGAAGUUACUUUGGGGUUUUAAUGCUCUAGAUGAUUGAAAUUCAAGAGAGUAGCAGGUUUCUGAAAAAACUACUAUUUCACGUCCCGUCUGUGGCAGAGAAGAGCCACCAGAUGAAAUGAUUGAAUAUAUAAGUGGAGCUAGUACCCGGCAACCGAUGAUCAAGCUUCGUCUUGCCGAUGAUCAAGCACGGCCAUUUGAGACACAUUGAUUGACUGUCGACAGCCACGCACUCUGUUGUACUGAAUGGUGCUAGUACUUGGCUCCAUGUUGAGCAAUCAGGUAAUGGGAUGAAGUCAACUCCUGGUGGACUGAUUGCAUGGUGGAGAUAGUUGAUAUGAAAAACGGAAAAUUAUGAGAGAACAAGGAUGAUGUAAAUUGGUAUCAACACCAUGCUUAUUUCGCACAUCGCGUUUAUUGAAGGAAAAAAACCGAGGAGGUAUUACUAAGAGCGUCAACAAAAACAAAGAAGCGUGUGUGUUGCAUGUGAUUUCAAAAACCAAAUUCGACUCUCUGAAAAACUGAUACUUUUCCUUAGGCCGCCUGGCCUCGUACCGUGGUCGUGAUGAAAGCGUCUAAUGGAAGCGCGAGGCCGCUCGUCAC